GAGACGUACCCAGAGCUCGCGCCGGGGAUCGGGAGCAUACGGACGAGGCACGUGAAUCGAAUGUGGUGCGUGGAGGGCGUGGCGGUGCGCGUGGGAUCGGCGAAGUCGCUGGAGGCGGAACAGGUGUUUGAAUGCGUCAAGUGCGGACAUCAGUUUUUGAUUCCGGUGAACGUGGAGGAGGGAAGUGGUGGUGAACCCCCACCCGCGUGUCCGCGAACGAAGCCGUGCAAGGGGAAAUCGUUUCGAUCGGUGCCGGCGGCGCGCCGAAUGGUUCGCGAUUAUCAAGAGAUUCGGAUUCAAGAGCCCGUCGGUGGUCCAGCGGGCGGGAGCGCGCGCGCGGCGCCGCGCGCGUUGCUCAUUGUUUUAGAAGAUGAUUUAGUUGACAAAGUUCAGGCGGGUGAUGACGUGAAGAUGGCAGUUGUCGUGCGACGCCGCUGGUACAAAUGCGCUCGCGAGCAGCGAUGCGAAGUCGAGCUCGUCGGGCACUGCGUUAGUCUGCACGUCAAACAAAAGCAGCAAACAGUUGAACGAAUCGUGGACGAUGUAGAAAGUGCUGCGUUUGCUGCGUUUUGGCGCGAACACGAAUCAAAACCAUUUUAUGCGCGAGAUAUGAUUUUGCGCGCCAUGUGUCCGCAGCUCUUUGGCAUGGCGACGCCAAAGCUUGCGCUGAUGCUGGCGCUCAUAGGUGGAGUUCCCAGGCGAGAUUCGAGUGGUGGACGCGUGCGCGGCGAGUCGCACAUUCUUCUCGUCGGUGACCCUGGCAUGGGCAAAUCGCAGCUUUUGAAAUAUGCCGCCGCCGUCGCGCCGCGAGCGAUUAUGACCACGGGUAUGGGCUCGAGCGCUGCCGGUCUCACCGUCGCCGCUACGAAAGAGUCGGGAGAAUGGGCGCUGGAAGCCGGCGCGUUGGUCCUGGCAGAUGGUGGAGUGUGCUGCAUAGACGAGUUCGACUCUAUUCGCGAAGCCGAGCGGGCGACGAUACACGAAGCGAUGGAGCAACAGACGCUGAGCGUCGCCAAGGCGGGCAUGGUGACGACGCUUCGCACGCGCACCACGGUAAUCGGAGCGACGAACCCGAAAGGUGGGCAAUUCGAUAUGGGAUCGAACGAUCGUAAACCGUCAUGGGAUCGUGCGGUGAGCGCGCACAUUUUGGAAACGCACGCUCGAUUGGGCGCGAUUGAGGACGAUUUACCCGUGGCGGCGUGGCCGUUCGACCGUCUUCGGCGCUACAUCGCGCACGUGAAGAAUGUGUUUCAGCCACAACUCACAAGCGAUGCCGAACGUCUGCUCACCGCGUACUACCAGGCGCAAAGGCGCCUGGAAGGUCGCAGCGUCGCUCGAACGACGAUUCGCAUGCUCGAAUCGCUCAUUCGGUUGACGCAGGCGCACGCGCGACUCAUGUACCGUGACGUCGCGACGCGGCUCGACGCCACGGUCGCAGUGUGCUUAGUGGAAGCAUCCAUG